CACAAGAAAAACCAAAGUAGGAGGGACCUAAGUGGCACUGUGGCAUCCUUUAACUGUCACAUGUGGUUUUGCCCCACAGAGGAGUAUAUGUAUAUCUUCUCAAUGUCUGGCGUAUGUGAGUGUCUUAAUGUAACACCCCUAUCUCAUUUACAUUCACACCUUUUCCUAUUCAGAAUUUCAGAUAAUAGUAUUGCAUAAUCUUGAUCAUUUCUUAGACAUGGAACUUCAUAUUAUUAGACCAUGGUCAUCUUUCUUUGUUGUCUUUUAUCUGUUAAAUGGGUGGAUUAUGUAUUCUUCAGCAGCUGAUCCUGAUGCAACUCAAGCUUAUGUUUAUGCUCUUUGCCCAGACAUGACCACAGUUGCUCCAAAUAGCAGAUAUCAGGAAAACAUCAACACAGUUCUCUCUUACCUCUCUUCAAACUCAGGCCGAGCGAAGCGGUUUUACAACACGAGUGCCGGAAGCGGACAUGAUAAGGUCUAUGGUCUGUUUUUCUGCCGUCUAGAUGUCAAUGAUGCCGCCUGUAAGAAGUGUGUUUCCCUUGGCAGUGGCGCGUUACCAACUCGUUGCCCUGGGAAGAAGGAAUCAACUGUAUGGUUUUAUGAUCAAUGUGUACUUCAUUACUCUAACAGGUCAUUUCUUGGUACGAUGCAUGAUGCUCCUAUGAUACCGAUGUGGAACAGACAGAAUGCGCUUGAUAUUUGGAAAGUUACGAGUAACAUGACGGGUUUUACACGAGUUUUGCUUGAUACUAUGUGGGAAGCUACGAUCAAUGCUACGAGUGGUCGAAUUGACAGAAAGUUUGCAACAAAGGAAGCAAGAUUUGGCGGUAAUCUGUCAAAUUUGAACACUCUUUACACACUGGUUGAGUGCACACCAGAUAUAUCUUUGAAGGACUGUCGAAGUUGUCUACGUAUGGUUAUUGGUAAUACUACAGAGCUUUGUAAUGUUAAGGCUGGGUGCACUUUGAUGUGUCCUAAUUGUAAUAUGAGGUAUGACAUAUACCCUUUUUACGGAACUGCUGCUCCAGGUUCUUCAGGACUUACAUUUGAUCCCACCAGAGGAACGCAUGCAAAAGCUACAAGAAGGCAAAGGGCAAUACUGAUAAGCACCAUCAUUGCAGCAGUUUUAGCAUUGGCAAUUUUUCUUGGAGCUCUGAUUUUUGUAUGCAAGAGAAAGUCUAAGAAAGCGCAUACUGGGUUAGAUGAUAUCGAAGGUGCAGAGUCAUUAAAAUUUGACUUGAGCACACUAAGAUGUGCAACCAAUAGUUUUUCAGACGAUAGAAAGCUUGGUGAAGGUGGAUUUGGUGAAGUUUUCAGGGGUAAGCUUAGCAAUGGAGAAGAAGUGGCUGUAAAGAGGCUCUCAAAGUUCUCUAGACAAGGUAUUUCAGAGUUUAAGACAGAACUUCACCUAGUUGCAGAGCUUCAACACAGAAAUCUAGUCAAACUCCUCGGAUAUAGCCUUGCUUCAGAAGAGACAUUACUUGUGUACGAGUACUUGCCAAAUUCAAGUCUUGACCGGUUUCUAACUGAUCCAAAAAAGUCUGCAUCUUUGGAUUGGAAAACAAGGUUUAAGAUUAUAUGCGGCAUUGCAAGGGGGCUACUCUAUCUUCACGAAGAUUCCCGGCUCAAGAUCAUACACCGAGACCUUAAAGCUAGCAAUGUACUAUUAGACAAGGAUAUGAAUCCGAAAAUUUCAGAUUUCGGUAUGGCAAGACUGUUUAAGGCAGAUGAAACCCAGAGAAACACUAGUAGAAUUGCUGGUACUUUCGGAUAUAUGGCACCAGAAUAUGUAAUUGCAGGUCACUAUUCAGCGAAAUCAGAUGUAUACAGCUUCGGGAUCUUAGUUCUGGAGAUAGUUAGUGGUCAGUUGAACAAUUUCUUCAGACUAGAUGGAAAUGAAGAAUCUCUACUCGACCGUGCAUGGAGGCUUUGGGAAGAGGGAUUUGCAAUGAAAUUGGUAGACUCAAGAAUGGAAGAUGAUAUAUCAAUGGAAGAAGCAGAAAAGUGUAUCCACAUAGGGUUAUUAUGUAUCCAAGAAGAUGCUUCUAGAAGACCAAGAAUGGCUACGGUAGUAGCUGCACUUGGCGGGGAUGCUGUCGUUCUGCCACCGCCUACGGCGCCUCAUUUCUUCAUAGGAGGCUCGUGUUCGGGAUUUGAUGACUCCUCUGGAAUGGAUCUCUCACUCUCCGCGUUUACAGCAACAUCUAGUACAACAGAUUUGGAUCCGCGGUAAUGUUUAAAUGUGAAUACUCCAUAUAUACAAAGAGAAUUAUAAGACAUGAAUGUAGGAUAUUAUAGAAUGUAUGUUGGGGAGAACCUUGUGUUGAACAUAGGGCAUACAUGAUAGAGAAUUUGUAUAAGUUUAUUUACGUGGUAAUUAUGAAAUUAGAAAGGCGGUAAAUUCUUGUAUGAGACGGUCUCACAAUAAUUUAUUGUCAUAUUGAGGUAACAAUAAGUUAUUUGAGUCAAAUUUUGACGUCUCGGAAUAAGAUUGUGUAAGAUAAUCUCAUUCAAGAUUUUAUUUACAAUAUGAGAAAUGAGAAUGUAAGAAAUUUGUAAUA